AUGUCUCAUAAAAACGGUUUAGGGACCCCUCAAAUGAUGUUGUCAUCACCAAUUCUCCCUCAUGAUGUUGUUAUGGAAGUAAUCAAUUAUUUGGAAAAUGAUCAUUGUACACUACAUUCAUGUAUUUUAGUAAAUAGAUUGUGGUGUCAGACAGCAAUUGAAGUAUUCUGGAGAAAUUUGUGGGAAUUUCGAAUAAAAGUUGGACUCACAGGAGAUACAUAUAGAUUUUGGGGAGCAGUCUUUAACACGAUAACAUCAUGUCUUUCUGAUAGUUCUAAAGAAUUAUUGAUAUCAAAUGGAAUUAAAAUAACGUUAUAUACUCCAAAAGUUCAAUUAUUUGACUAUCCCGCUUAUUUGAAGUCGCUUGAUUGUGUCGCAAUAUCAGCUAUGAUUGAAAUGGUCACUUAUAUGGCACAUCAACAUGAACGACCACGAAGAUUAUUAUAUAUUCAACAUCUUUUGGAACAAGAAAUUUGUAAAAUGUUUAUAAAUAAAUGUGGCACGAUUCCCGUUCUUAUCCUAGAUCAUAUCCCACUUGCAUAUUUUCCUGGAGCUCAAGAAAGUUUCGCUUUACUCACUGAGUUGAGAUGUCAUACGGCGGUACAUGAAACAAUCUUUUUUGCGAUGGCACAAUUAUGUAGAAAUAUUGAAAGAAUAGUCAUAGAAUUUUUUGAUGAUGAUAACCUCGGGUUGGCAGCUUUAAUUGAGAUGCAGCAACAUAAUUUAAAAUAUGUAAAGUGUUUGGGUGAUGAACUUGGAGAAGAUCAAAAAUUUGGAGCUAUAGUAGAUGUAUUUAGAAAAAAUGCGAAUUUUUAUACGCACCUUGAACUGGUGAAAUUUCCUUUUAUACGACCAGUAACGAUUACAACCAUGAUGAAUUUAAAGUCAUUAAUAAUAAACUUGAUUGGAUCACAACAAGAAGAAGCCUGGGAGGAAUUGGCAAAUGCUUACUUACCAAAGUUGGAAAUACUCCAUCUUCAUUUUGAUAUAUUGUCAUUGAAUGUUACAAAGAGCAUUAUAGCAAACAAUAACGGUGGACUUUAUAGUAUUAUAGUUGACUAUGAGCCUGAUGAAGAUGAUCAAUCUGUGACCCUUAAUGAAACUAUUGUUCAAUAUUGUCCAAAACUAAAAUUCUUGGCUACCUGGUUUUUGAAUGAUGAAUGGAAUGCUUUAGCAGAUAUAUUAAUGAGAUGUCAAGAUUUAGAAUGUUUAAUACUUCAGGGUACCGAGUUAGAAAAGAUUAAAGGUGAUCUAUUAUUAAACUUGUUAUGUAAAGAAUAUACACCAAAAGGUUUAUGGAAAUUAGGGUUAAGGGGAAGAUGGGUUUUCUCAACAGAAGCGUUGAGAUUUUACUUGAACGAUUGUAAAGAGAAGAAGAAAAGAAUAGCCUUUUGUCUUUCAGACAAUCAUAUAACGGAUUUUAAUGAUGUCAAUGAUAUAUUUGAGAAAUAUUAUGAAGAAGGUGUUAUAAGAUGGUAUAAAAUAAAUUGUUCGUUUGAAUGGGAUUCGUUUUGUAACUAA